UCUGCAAUAUCUUUUCAGUCGACCAAAAACAGUAGAAGAAGUUGCUUAUCAAGAUGAGGUUGUAUCUGUCCUGAAAAGCACCUUGCAAGGAGCUGAUCUGCCAAAUUUGUUAUUUUAUGGUCCACCAGGUACAGGUAAAACUUCAACAAUCUUAGCCGCUUCCAGACAAUUGUUUGGUGAUCUAUUCCGACAAAGAGUAUUGGAGCUUAAUGCUUCGGACGAGAGAGGCAUUCAGGUUAUCAGAGAGAAGGUAAAGACCUUUGCCCAGACCACAGUAUCAAGCACAAGACCCGAUGGCAAGCCUUGUCCUGCUUUCAAGAUCAUUAUCCUAGACGAGGCCGACUCAAUGACAAACGCGGCUCAAGCGGCACUCAGGCGGACAAUGGAAAAGCAGUCUAAGACCACGAGAUUCUGUCUUAUCUGUAAUUAUGUAUCACGUAUUAUUGAGCCUCUGACAUCCAGGUGCUCCAAGUUUCGAUUUAAGCCGCUUGCACAAGGCAUCCUACUUAAAAGGCUUACCUUUAUCUGUGAAGAGGAGAAUGUUAAGUAUGAAGAUUCUGUUCUGGAAACCUUGAUUGACACAAGUGAAGGUGAUUUACGAAGAGCCAUUACCACGCUCCAGUCAGCUGCAAGAUUGAGGCCAGGCGAACAGAUAUCUAAAGAAGAUAUCUUUGAAAUCACAGGAGUUGUUCCGGACAAGUGGCUUACCGAGUUGAUGGAAGUAUGUGCAACAAACUCAUAUGAGAAGCUGAGUGACUUUGUAAACCUCAUGAUGGCCGAGGGGUAUUCAGCUACACAAAUACUCAACCAAAUACAUGAUGUCAUAAUGACGAACAACCAGCUGAGUGACAUCCAGAAGGCUGCAGUAUAUGAGAGGCUAGCUAUGUGCGACCAUCGACUCAUUGACGGCGGAGAUGAAUACCUGCAAGUGAUGGACCUGUCUUGCACGGUUAUGAAGCAAAUGGGCAACUGAGGCAUCUGUCGACAAUUUAGUUAUCUAGCAUUUGUUCUUCAGUUAUGAAUAUGUGAUAGCAUUUCAGUUGAAUAUUCAGUUUAAUCUUUCAUUAGUCUUUAUACCAUAUCAUUUGGUAAUAAUUGAUAUAUUUUGAAUUUAUUUUUUUUGUAAUCUAUUUUCCAUUAAACAGUUUUUGUUAGAUGUACUGCAGACUAGAAAAUCCAGUGACCAAAGCAACAAUUUUAAGAAAUGUGUAUUGAUCCAAGGGUUUGCAUUACAAAUAAUAAAAGUUGAAAAUUAU